GGGGGUGUGGAGGGAGCCGGGAUCAGCCAGGGGCCAGCAUGAGCCAGAGGGAGGGAAGUCUGGAAGAACCCAAGGCUGAGUCCUCAAUCUCACUGCUUCCCCACUUGGAGGCCAAGAUCCGGCAGACACACAGCCUUGCCCGCCUCCUCACCAAAUACGCUGAGCAGCUGCUCCAGGAAUAUAUGCCGCGCUUGGAAGAAGCGGCGCGCCAGGCCCGGGCCCUGGGAGCCGCCGUGGAGACCGUGCUGGCCGCGCUGGGCGCUUCGGCCCAUGGUUCCCAGGGUUCCCCGACCGAGGCGGCCACCGCAGCCGCCCCCGCCCCCGCCCCCGGGGGGUUCUCAGCCAAAGUGCUGGGGCUCCACGUGUGUGGCCUGUACGGCGAGUGGGUGAGCCGCACCGAGGGUGACCUGGGCCAGCUGGUGUCCGGGGCUCCUGCCUGAUGGCAGACACCAGAGCAGUUGGCUUUGUGCCUUCCUCAUCUCUAGAUUCUUGCCUUCUCGGAGAACGCGCCUGUCCUAUCUUUUUCAGCUUUCUCUCCUUUUUUUUGUUUUUUUGUUUUUGUUGGGUCCUUUAUUACCGGGUCUCUUGGGGGGGAAUCUCCCAGUCUGUCCUUUUCCUCAUCUAACAUGUGGAUAAGGUAUCCAUCUCAAUCUCCUCUCCUGGAGGUGGUUGAUGUUGAUGCUUGGUCUCUGUCUCUGAUCAUCUUUGUGCUUCUCUGGAUGAGAAAGUGUCUGCUAGUCCUGUAGUGAGACAGCAUCUCCAUCCCAAACUUCAGCCCACCUUCCUCAGGGUCAUCCUCCUGCUGUGCUGAUCCACCCCCCCCCACCAUAUACACACACCCCUUAAGGCACCGUCCUCCUCCCUGGGUGUCCUGCUUUCUGUCCCCCGUGCCCAGCCCCUACACUCCUAUCCAGGUCUGUGUAAGAAAAGGUGACACCUUGAACAAGUUUUAUUUGAGAAUAAAUAUUUUCUUUGUA